CGAUUCAAAUUAUUGGGCCGAAUUGCUAACUUGGUUCUCACUCUAGAGAAAUCCAUCUUCCCAUUAUUUUGUGGUCCAUAUUUUAUUUUCCCGCAAUUUAAAAAAAAAUCAAGACCACUCGUCUUCUCCUACGGCCUACGCUUAUUUCUUCCGGUCUGUUAGUCAAGUUCAGGCGUUGCCUGGAAAAUGGAGUGCUGCUGUUGUGCCACACUAUCAACGUCUUCUUCUUCAACCAUUCUCAACCGUCAGGGUCUUUCUUCAUCACCUGUUGGUAGGAGGUAUUCUAAGAACAAUUUACAUCAGGGGCUGCUGUCUUCCUCGCAUUCUAAACACUUUCUUCAACUGAAUGGCAGAGUGCAGCCAUUUUACAGGCAAACUACACCUUUAUCUCUGAAAACACAUAGAGGGUCCAUAGUCGCAGAAGCUGGAAGACAAGGUUGGGACUUUGGUAGAUUUUUGCAGACAAUAUACUUUUUCAAUGGGCCUCCAUCUCCUGCUAAGUUCUUUGAAUUUCUGAUUGAGAAACUAUCAAGCACAACAGCCAGUGAACCACUGAAGCCAAUGGGGACUUCUGAUGUCAUCCUGGUAGCUGGAGCCACCGGAGGUGUUGGGAGGAGAGUAGUUGAUAUCAUAAGCAAGAAAGGGUUGCCAGUCCGAGUAUUGGUCAGAAAUGAAGAGAAAGCAAGAAGGAUGCUAGGUCAGGAUGUCGACUUGGUGAGCCAUCUACCAAUCUUUGAGACUGAUCUUUCUCUAUAAUAUUGCUUUUAUGUUUGAUAGGUUAAUGGUUUCUCCAACUAUUUAUUUAAAGUUUUGAGUUGUAGCUCUUAUCAAUGAUGUCAAUUAUCAGACUACGUGUGUUUAAUAGUACAUUUUUUUUUUUGGAUGAAUAAAUAAAUUCAUUAACAAGA